AGUGUUUUGUCGUAUUGGCAAAUCGUACGCAAUAAGUGUGCUGGCUGCUUCAGGGGGCCACUUUGACCAGACAUCUUUGCCAAUUGCCGCAUCAACAGUCGCCAUAACCAUCCAACCUCAAUACUCUCGCCGGUAAAUAUUAUAAACCAAAUCUCUUCCCUUCUAUAUAACCCUUUAUUUUUUUCACUCCCCCCCGUAUCACCCUCUCGUUUUCCUUCCAUCAUCGAAAGGAUGAUGCAGAGGAAAAAGCAAAGAAUCUCUAGCAAACCUGAUCUCUUUGAUGGAUUACCAGACGAUCUUCUCGUCUGCAUCCUCGCCAAGCUUAGCUCCUCUGCUUCUUCCCCAUCUGAUUUCAUCAGCAUUCUCAUCACAUGCAAGAGAUUGAAUCGGUUAGCCCUCCAUCCUCUAGUCUUAUCCCGAGCUGGACCUAAAGCACUCGCCGUCAAAGUCACCAGCUGGUCGGAUUCCGCCCACCGUUUCCUUAAACAGUGCGUUUCCGCCGGCAACACCGAAGCUUGCUACGUUCUUGGCAUGAUCCGUUUCUACUGCUUGCAAAGCAGAGGGAGCGGCGCAUCUUUGAUGGCUAAAGCCGCCGUGAAAUCCCACUCGCCGGCUCUAUACUCGCUAUCGGUGAUACAAUUCAAUGGCAGCGGCGGCUCCAAGUCCGACAAGAAUCUUCGAGCCGGCGUGGCGCUGUGCGCGCGAGCUGCAUCCCUCGGCCACAUCGACGCGCUGCGCGAGCUGGGACAUUGCCUACAAGACGGCUACGGCGUGGCGCAGAACGUGGCGGAGGGUCGCCGGCUACUCAUCCAGGCCAACGCGCGGGAGCUUGCCUUGUCGUUACGCUCCAUGCUGACGUGUCACCAUCAUCGUUUUUUCCAUCCACCUCGACAGUACUCCCAGCAGUACGUGUCGUGCCCGACGGGUACGGGUUGUCCGUUACUGAGCGAUUUCGGGUGCAACGUGCCGGACCCGGAGGUUCACCCGGUGAACGUGUUUCUAAAGGAGUGGUUCGAGUCAGGGCGCGGCGUUGUGGGCCAGGGGCUCAGACUGUGUUCGCAUAACGGUUGCGGUCGGCCGGAGACCCGACCGCAUGAGUUCAGGAGAUGCUCGGUUUGUGGAACCGUCAACUAUUGCUCGCGUGCGUGCCAAGCGCUGGACUGGAAGCUGCGGCAUAAGAUGGAGUGUGUACCGAUCGAGAGAUGGGUGGAGGAGAAUGGCGGCGGCAAUGACGGCGACGUCGGCGGAGGAAUGGCGGGGAUUGAAGAGGCUGAGAACGAGGCGGUUGGGUGAUUAAACCAAAUUAAACUCGACCCACUUGAUUUGGUUUCCUUUUCCGUUCUUUAAAAAAAGAAUAUUCGGUGUUUUUAUUUUUUUUAAUUUUAAUUUUAUUUUUGGGUGUACAUAGAUACAGAGGCUUUAUGAUAAAUGGUUCAAAGAUAUUAGAGGUUUAAUUUUAGUUUUAAA